CCCAUGCUCGAGGGGGGCCCCAAGGACCCCCCUGGGCGUGACCGGGGCCCCUCGCCCCCCCCUGCCAGGAGCGACCCCCCCAGCGGCGCCCAGCCCCCAAGGCUGCCCCGCUGCCCCCCCGGGGAGGUGGCUCAGUACCUGCGGCAGCUGGAGCGGAUCCAGGAGCUGGAGCAGCAGCUGGCCCGCGAGCGGCACCGCCUGGAGCUCCUGCAGGCCCAGCUGCUCCGCAGGGGCCCCCCCGGCACGCCAGGGGCCUGGGCUGGCCCCCCCCUGCGGGCACCUCCAGCCCCUCACCUGCAUGUGACCCCCCCACCCAGGGCCGCCCCCGGGAAGGGCCCAGCUGCGGCCCCCCCCAGGGCAGACGGGCAGCCCCGGAGCCUGCUGCCCCCCCCGGGGCACCCCUGGCCCCGCGGUGGCCACUGCCCAGAGCUGGAGUACUACCGCCUCAGCACGGCCCGGCCCCCCUACACCUACGCCAUGCUCAUCCGCUGGGCCAUCCUGGAGUCCCCCCAGCGCCAGCGUACCCUGGGCGAGAUCUACCACUGGUUCAGCCGCAUGUUCGGGUACUUCCGCCACAACACAGCCACCUGGAAGAACGCGGUGCGGCACAACCUGAGCCUGCACAAGUGCUUCGUGCGGGUGGAGAACGCGCGGGGCGCCGUGUGGACCGUGGACGAGGCCGAGUUCGGGCGCCGCCGGGGGCAGCGCUACCCCAGGGACUGCGACCUCAAGUGCCUCCUGCCCCCCCCGAGCUGAACCCCCCCCCCCCGAAAGGUGACACGAUGCCCCGAAACCGCUGCACCGGGCCUUUAUUGAAGCCACGAAGGAGCCGC